AUGCGUGAAUGCAUCAGUGUACAUGUCGGCCAGGCCGGAGUUCAGAUGGGAAAUGCUUGCUGGGAGUUGUAUUGCCUAGAACAUGGUAUCCAACCUGACGGACAGAUGCCAAGCGAUAAGACUAUCGGUGGAGGAGAUGACUCGUUUAACACGUUCUUCAGUGAAACAGGGGCUGGAAAACACGUUCCACGAGCAGUGUUUGUAGAUCUGGAGCCAACUGUCGUAGACGAAGUGCGAACUGGGACUUACCGUCAACUAUUCCAUCCAGAACAACUGAUAACUGGAAAGGAAGAUGCCGCGAAUAACUACGCAAGAGGUCAUUAUACCAUCGGGAAAGAAAUAGUAGACUUGGUCCUGGAUCGUAUUCGCAAAUUAUCUGACCAAUGCACAGGGUUACAAGGUUUCCUCAUUUUCCAUUCAUUUGGUGGAGGCACUGGAUCUGGGUUCACAUCUCUACUGAUGGAGCGUCUGAGUGUUGAUUACGGCAAGAAGUCCAAGUUAGAAUUCGCUGUGUACCCAGCACCUCAAAUCGCCACUGCCGUAGUGGAGCCAUACAAUUCAAUUUUGACAACACAUACGACUCUAGAACACUCAGACUGUGCAUUUAUGGUGGACAACGAAGCUAUAUAUGAUAUUUGCAGACGUAACUUAGAUAUCGAACGUCCUACUUACACGAACCUCAACCGGUUGAUUGGCCAGAUUGUCAGUUCCAUCACGGCGUCUCUACGUUUCGACGGUGCACUUAAUGUGGAUUUGACGGAGUUUCAGACAAACUUGGUUCCUUAUCCACGUAUCCACUUCCCCUUGGCCACCUACGCACCCGUCAUUUCAGCAGAGAAGGCGUACCAUGAGCAGUUGAGCGUCGCAGAGAUCACCAAUGCUUGUUUCGAGCCGGCCAAUCAAAUGGUGAAGUGCGACCCCCGUCACGGGAAAUACAUGGCGUGCUGUAUGCUGUAUCGUGGUGAUGUGGUUCCUAAGGACGUGAAUGCAGCUAUUGCUACCAUCAAGACAAAGCGUACAAUUCAGUUUGUGGAUUGGUGUCCCACUGGUUUCAAGGUUGGCAUCAACUACCAGCCCCCGACCGUCGUUCCAGGUGGUGACUUAGCCAAGGUACAGCGUGCUGUUUGCAUGUUGAGCAACACGACGGCGAUCGCUGAAGCUUGGGCUCGUCUGGACCACAAAUUCGACCUGAUGUAUGCUAAGCGUGCCUUUGUUCAUUGGUACGUUGGGGAAGGUAUGGAAGAAGGUGAGUUCUCUGAGGCUCGUGAGGACUUGGCUGCGUUGGAGAAAGAUUAUGAGGAAGUUGGUGUUGACAGUGUUGAUGGGGAAGGUGAGGGUGAAGGAGAGGAGUACUAAAGUUCUUCCCCAGUUAAUGUUGUUUCCCGUUACUUGUUCUUAAUACAUUUUACACGUUAAAGUUGUUUUUAUUGUAACUGAGACGUCAGGUUCCGUGUUCUGUAGUCGUAGGUAUGUUCUAAUUGGGUGAGUUAAGUGACUUACGUCAUCUCACUUGGUUCGCAUACAUGGCGUGUUCGUGCGCGUCCACAUCGUAUACGUGAGAUAUAUCGCGUUCAACCCAAUGGCUGUUGUAGCUGUUCGAGUGGCCGUUUUAUUAUUUCCGCAGGGUAACUUGGAGUUUUAUUUGGAGGGUAUUCGCUUCUCAUUGGAAUGGUUCUACAUGUUGUCAUGAGAUAUGGUUCCUGACUCCGCCGGAGUGUAAGGUGAAGUUGGAAGAGUUAGGUAGUGGGGACUCGUGUUCUUACCAGGAUGUCACGAGUCCAAAUACGGUUGAUUUCCUCGAGGGCCUCGUACGCUGGACGGCUGUGUAUCAUGUGCAAUCAUUGAUGGCGAUGUCGAUGGGUCGCCUUUUUUUGAGUGGUACAUCUACUACGUCAGCUGGUGGACCGACUUAGUGUAGGACAGCGUGACUGUCGAGGGGUCCUGCGCAAUACAAGUCGUUUUAACUUCUGAUGGCGUGUGAGAGAAUCUACUAGGAUUAAAGCAACGAUUAU